GCGACGCUUGGCCACUGACCACAAUGCCAACCGCAAUGUCGACGCCAACGGCAACAAUGACUGUGUCAAAGAAAUCGUUGCUGAAGACAUUACGUUUAUCGUAUAACAGUGCUGCUAAAGCCUUCCUAAAUCGCAACAUCAAGCUCACACAUUCCCUCAUUCAGUCCACUUUCGACACUCUCAAUAACGGCUUUUCUCACUCGUGUACCGAUGCUCUACACAUACUCAGGAAAUGGGACAUCCUCCGAAUCACUCUCGAAACCACCGUGUACUCCGCGCCCCCUCCGAACGUUGACUUUCCUGACGAGUUAAGACAAAUGUCUCUUAAAAUUCCAUCUACCCUUGUCCAGGACAUGUACAGGCGUUCCUUGAAGUCUUUCUCGUCAGAAACCACGUCACCUUCUGCUGUUCUUCUGCCAGUACAGGUAAUUAGUACCCUGGUGUAUUCUAGUCUGAAACUGGAUGCGGCUCAAGUCGGAAGGGAAAUCAUCGAAGAGUGGUUAGCGCGUAGAAAUAAUACCUUGGCAUAUUUUCCUACUUCUACUGAUGGAGAUGGCUACGAGAAGGUGCUCGAACUCUACUGUCUUCAUUUACUACCAAAGCUCGAAGAUUGGGAGUAUGCAGCGCAGUUCCUGGAGUACGAAUCUGAACUCGGUGCCGAGACUCGUACGAGCUUACAGAAUUCUCUGAGAACGCAGCAUGUACAGGCAGUUUCAAGCCGUCUGCCACCACCCGUCAGCUCCCAGCUCUCCACUUCAUCGGUCCCCUCCCGAACACAAUCACCAACGCCUUCCUCUUCCUCUUCCUCCUCCUCACUCUCGACCACAUCUACGCAUACAGUCACUCCCCCAACUCCGCGUCCAUACCGGGGCCUACCGCAGCAGCCGUCGAUGACAUCCUUAGCGUCUUCCGUGUCCUCGGGAUCUUCGGAGGGCACGGUUACACCCAAUGGCAAUGGUCAUAUCCCCAAUGGAGGGACAGUAUCUAUCAACGGGAAUGGCUACGCCCAUCAUCAUCGUAUUGACAAAGGGAAACAGUCCUCGCGGCCUGGAACUUCCGGGAACGGGAGCUUACUCAACCACACGAAUGCCUCCACUUCUUCCUCCCCGCCUGCACGAAUACAAUCACAUCAUCCUCUUAAUCCUCAUUCACCCAACCCUCUGUCACUCCCCCGAUCACAUGUCAAUCGUGUCGGCGGUGGUAAUGGGAGAAUGUCGACCUAUGCUCUAAUCAAAGCAUCGUUGGAGCCCUACUGGUCGAGACUUGCGAAUAUGGGGGGAAGUCGGAUUAGCGCUUUGAUAUUCAUGGUGGUUCUUCCUGUGGUUUCACUAGUCCUGAGGUGGCGGACGCGGAGAAGGUUAAGUGCAGGGAGUAUGACCAUCGCGAAUAAUGCCGAUGUGGUUAGGAGAAAACUGAGGAAUGUGAAUGCUAGCGAUAACCAGGUGAAAGCGGUGGCGAUGAUGCUGGUGAAGAUGUGGUGGGCGUUUUUGAGGUCCAUACUUGAUACCGUAAGGAUGGGUGUUAGCGGAUUGGUAUGAAUCACGCUACGGGUUACACAGGGGAUUUAUUUAUGGGUAUCUUGUUUACUAUGUACUGUUCUUUCUUCAAAUGUAUCCUGUUGGAAUUG